CGUGAAAAUAAUAUAAUAAAAAAUAUAAUUUGAAUUUGCCGCAAAAAAAUAUUCGUAUAUCAUUGGUUCCACCUUAAGCUGGUUAUAUGAAUUUGAUAAUGAUAGCGAUAAAUAAUAACAAUCGUGAUUUCGAUAGUGAAGUGACACUUCCAUACUUUCAUGUAUUAUAAUUACCUUCCAUAAACGUAUUUUUUUAAAAAUAAUUACUUAUAUUUUUUCUGAAUGAAUUAGGUAGUGUACUAAAAAAUAAAUACAUAAUAUAAAUCUUAUCCUGUAUGGCUGUUUUGGACAUAAUUUCAAUUAUUUUAAGAUAAGAUUCAUAACUAUAGACAUCAUACCCACCUACAAAUAUAUGUACUCAUUAAGUGACGAUUGAUGAGUUAGUAUAUGGAGGAACUGUAUGUACCAGCAUUUUACUUCCAUUUAACAAGGUGUCUUUAAGAAAAAACAACAUAUUCAAGAUGAGUACUUUUAAUCUUGAAAAAAUGGUGGGAACCAUUGAUAAACUUAGUACUUCUCUAGAUGUAAUGUUAUGUUGCAAAGAUAGUGAAGGAGGACAAGAAAUAUUAGAAACGUGUGAACAAUUGGAUAGUUUAAUUAUGUCAUUUGACGAUCAGAUUAGUAUUCUCAAAGAUGCUCUAAUCAAAGAGAAAAAUGCCCGUCAAUCGUCAUUUCAAAGACAGUUGGAUGAAUUGAAAACAAUUGAGGAAAGAUGUAACCACAUGAUAGUUUAUAUCCAAUUAAAUACUGAACUUGAAACUCAGCAGUAUACUCAAAGUCAUGAAAUAAAAGAAUAUAAAGGAAAUAAUUCAAAUAAUAUGGCUAACAUUUCAAUGUCACCUGUACCGAAGUGGAAAGAUGGUCAUUCUCUAUCUGAAAACACUAUACACCAUACUACUAUAUCAAAUGGUACAAUAAUGAGUAACAGUAUGAUGGGACAGUCUUUAAAAUCUCAGGCUGCUAAACAAGUUCUUGAUAUUCCACUUCUAAAAUCUGUUAACAACGAUGAAAUGGAUUCUGUUCCAAAGUACAUGAAAGGUCGUUUAACUUCAUUAAAUGUGAAUGUUGUGAUAGAUGGUAUUAAUAUUGCAUUAGAAAAUAAAUAUGAAAUUUUGCAAAAGCCAAGAAACUUAUUAAAAAAAAAAGAUCAAGAUAUCUACAACACAUGGAAAAUUCAGCAAAACGAUGUUGGACAAGGUCAAUACUUUGUAACUGCUGAUGAUAUUUCUAGAUUUGGUGAGACAAAAGUGGAUAAAACUACAUUAAACAUAAUUCCCAUAUUAAGACAUUUAAAACGAUUAAAAGAAUCUCGAACAGGUGGCUUUGUUUACUAUUUACCUUACUAGAUCAUUAAUAUUAGAAAGAAAGAAAAAUAAUUAGAUAUUGUAAAAUAUAUUUUAAUCAACGGUUUAAUGAAUAUGUUAAAUUUAGCUAUUGAAGCAGACACUAAAUAAUAUAAUGUAUAUCAUAUUAUGUAUUAUAAUUUAAAGCUAUACUUAUUUUUAUACAUACAAAUUUUCAAUGAUUAUUUUUAAUACAUGAUGUAUUUUUUUUUAUAUAAACUAUUAAAGUAGCAAAUGCAGAAAA